GGAUACGUAGAGAGAAAGGAGAUUAAAGGAUAUAUAACAAAAGAAGGUGAGAAGUAAGGGUCUUGGUGUUGGUGUGUGAACAUAGAGAAAAGGUGUUUCUAACGUACAUUUUAAUCCAUAAAAGAGGAUAGGCAUUGCACAUCACGCAACAGUGACCAACCUCCUUGUUUUUGUUCUUCUCUCACGACACACAUAAAUUGAUCACACGAAGGUGGAGAGAAUCCAAAACGAAGAUGGGUCUUGACAAGUGGCUGGCUUUGCUGUACCCAAGAGUAGUGCAGGGAGGAAGGAGAGAAAAGGAGUGUUGCAGUGUGUGUUUGAUGAGAAUGGAGGAAGAGGAUGUGAUCAAGUCCUUGCCUUGUUCCCAUGAGUUUCAUAGUCUCUGCGUUGACACGUGGUUCGAUGUCAGCCGCAAGAUUUGCUGUCCACUCUGCCGGUUUUCACCUGCUACCAUCCUCCUCACCGAUGAAUUGUUCCUCUGGUUCUCUUCUUUUCAUUUCUGAUUGUAUUCCUGCUUUUAUGGGGAUCAAACAAAACACCCUUUUCUCCUGUAUUGUUGCUAUAAACUCUCUUGUAGUACUAGUUUUUUUUUUUUUGCUUUCAAGAGGGGAAUGUAUAAGAAUGUUUGAUCCCCUUUCUGUAAAAAAAGAUACCAAACAAAGCUUCGACCAUGUUAUUCUAUUGCUUAUGCA